AAAAGGAAAAGCGUGCUUAAACCUUUGUUUAAAUUACAUGUACGGAAAUUGCAGUAGCUCACGCAGACAGCAGAAGAGAGCACAAGUCCCAUCAUGGCCAGCUCAUACUCCUCGAGCUUUCACAGUGGCCGGUAAAAGUAUAAUUCGGGACAAGCCCUUCUCAAUUUCCCCUUCGGCGAAAAGAUUAUGUAGGUUGGUGUUAUAACUGAGAAUUGCAGAUGCAGCAGGUAAGAACUCGUGUGGGCAAAUAUGAACUGGGACGUAUUCUUGGGGAGGGGGCCUUCAGCAAGGUUAGAUUUGCCAGGAAUACGGAGACUGGUCAGGGUGUUGCCAUUAAGGUGCUCGAUAAAUACAAGGUUCUUCAGAACAAGAUGAUUGAUCAGAUAAAGCGAGAAAUAUCUACCAUGCAGUUGAUCAAACAUCCUAAUGUUGUUCAGUUACAUGAGGUCAUGGCUAGUAAGACAAAGAUCUACAUUGUAUUGGAUUUCGUAACUGGAGGAGAGCUCUUUGACAAAAUUAAUGACCUUGGAAGAUUGAAAGAGGAUGAAGCAAGGAGGUAUUUCCAGCAACUUAUUAAUGCUGUGGAUUACUGUCACAGUAGAGGGGUGUAUCACAGAGAUUUGAAGCCAGAAAAUCUGCUCCUAGAUACGUUUGGGAAUCUUAAGGUUUCUGACUUUGGAUUGAGUGCACUUUCAAGGGAUAUAAAGAGCGAUGGAUUACUUCACACCACAUGUGGAACACCAAACUAUGUUGCUCCUGAGGUCAUUAGUGGCAAGGGUUAUGAUGGCACAACUGCAGAUAUAUGGUCGUGUGGUGUUAUCCUGUUUGUUUUGUUGGCUGGUUAUUUGCCUUUUGAUGAGUCGAACAUUAUUGCCUUAUACAGAAAAAUUAACAAAGCAGAAUUCAACAUUCCUAAACGGCUAUCUCCAGGGGCAAAAAAUUUAAUAUCAAGACUUUUGGACCCAAAUUCCAAUACUCGUAUAACAAUGGCUGAGAUUUUAAAUGAUGCCUGGUUUAAGAAAGGUUACAAGCCACCCAAGUUCCCAAAAGAGGAUGUGAUUAUCGAUAACAUUCAUGCUAUUUUUGAUGAUUCAGAAGAAUAUCAGGUUGUUGAGAAGAAAGAGACACAAGUUGUAUUGGGGAAUGCAUUUGAGCUCAUUACUAUGUCACAAGGUCUUGAUCUUGGUACCUUGUUUGAGAAGCCGAUGGGCAUCAUUAAGAGAGAGAAAAGGUUCAUCUCUAAAGAGUCCCCAAAUAAUAUAUUAUCCAAAAUCGAGGAAGCUGUGAUACCCCUUGGCUUCAGUGUACAAAAGCAGAAUCACAAGAUGAAGCUGCAUUGUGUGAAAGCUGGAAGAAAGGGCAACCUGGCAAUAGCUACAGAGGUUGUUGAAAUAGCCCCUUCUCUUGUAAUGGUCAACUUCCAAAAAGCUGCAGGUGACACUCUGGAAUUUCAAGAGUUUUACAAGAACCUUACACCUGGAUUACAAGAUGUUGUAUGGAGCUCUCAAGCAAACAUUGAAGAAAACAAAUCAGUUUAACUACCAACUUUGAAUGAGGGGUUUGAAGAGCCUUAUCUUCUUUAUGAAAUUGAAUCCACUCUGUAAAUAUCUUUUUAUUCAACUAUUCCAAUUUUCUCUUUGCUGGUUGUAAGAGAAAAAGCAGAUGCCACAUGCAUGCUAUUAGUUUGCUUCAUAUUUGUGUUCUCAAUGUAUGUUGUAAAUAAUCAAGACAUGGGUUUCAAUUC